AUGCAGCAGCUGCAGCAGCAGCAUCAGUUGCUGCGGCAGCAUCUGCUGCUGCAGCAGCCCCAGUUGCUGCAGCAGCAUCAGGUGCUGCAGCAGCCCCAGUUGCUGCAGCAGCACCUGUUGCUGCAGGAGCAUCAGGUGCUGCAGCAACACCAGUUGCUGCAGCAACAUCACUUGCCGCAGCAGCAUCAGGUGCUGCAGCAGCACCAGUUGCUUGAUCAAAUCCUGCAGUUGCUGCAGGAGCGCGAGCUGCUGCGGCAGCAGCGAUUGCUGCAGCAGUAUCAGCUGCUGCAGCAGUAUCAGUUGCUGCAGCAGGAUCAGUUGUUGCAGCAACAUUAG